AUGCACAUCUUCAAGAAACCAUUCGGCACCGGUCCCCCACCCACCACCACCUCCAAUAAGCUUGAUCCCAGAGCCAUCAAUCACAUCUUCUGUAUACUAGAUGCCCAUCGCAUAAAAGAAAGUCUUACAGCGGGCCUCGAUGAAAGGCUGGAUGAAGGCGAUAGAUUACAGGCACUUGAUGAUCUCGAAAUAAAUAUCGAUAAUGCGAACGGUGAUUAUAUGAUUGAUGUGCGAUCUAAUAAAUGGGAUGAAACAGACCUGGAGAAACCAGGGCUAUGGCAGCCCCUACACAACCUCCUCCUAGCAUCCAAUCCGAGCGGCACCCUCAAAAUGCAAAUGCUUUGGAUCAUCGGACCCGCGCUACAAAACAAACCAGUCACUCAAGUCGCCGCAAGUCCUCCUUUGAAUUUGCAUUAUCUCGACCUCGACCCUCUCCCUACACUCCUCAAAUCCCUCUCCCCUACAUCCGACUCCACCGAGACUCGCUCACGAGCCCUAUACGCGUUUUCUGGGCUCUUGAAACUGAACGCUGCCGCCGUGCAACAGAUGGGUGUGACUCAGAAAAUCCGCGUCCGCAGAAAAACAACAUUCCUGCUCAACACUCUCCUCCUCCCAACCUCCCCCUCACAGGUCAACCUCCAACCAAAUAUAAGUCUCCCCACCUCAGAAACCGCACCACCCCCAAUCCACGCGAAUUCCCAUGCUUCGAUGCUCUCUGAUCCGUCGUCCGUCUCAACGUCUGCUCUCACGCUCGCUGCAAUCCAGAAGGAGGGAGAGGAGGGGUCCUUGUCAUUGCUCGAUGCGUUGAUAUCGGCCUUGAUCGAACCUGUCCCGUUCGGUGUUGACGGGGAGGUGGAAAAGGAUGAGGAAUUUCAGGAGAAUGUUGUUAGAAUAUUAUACACGUUCGCGACAAGCUGCAACGGCGCUUUCUCAGACGUGCAGAAACGCAGUCUUUCGGGGUUCUUAGGAGGGAUUACUGCGACACAUGGAGAGGAGUCGAAUUUUGGAUUGGCGAGUGGGGAGUGGGAGGAGUUGAGUGGGGGCUGUGAGGUUGUAGUGCGAUUCGGUAGGGGAUGAGACGAAAUAACAUUUGAUUUUUGUUUUGUUUUACUGCCACACCACACUAAUAUUAAUGAAUUCUGAUAUGAGAUGAUCGUUCGUUUAUGACAACACCAUUUUCGUUUUU